GAAAACAAAAAAAGAUUACCUUAAAAGAAAUUUUAAAGAAAAAAAUUAGAGAGAGAAGCUAGAAGGGGCAUUAUCAUAUAUAAACCAUAAACAAUGUUAGAAAAAGAAAAAGGCUUUUGUGUUCUGUUAGGGAGGAGGAAAAGCAAAAGCUAAAGACAAAUACAGAGUGCAGAGAGAGAGAGAGAGAGAGAGAGAGAGUUUGUGUGUUGUGUGUGCUAAAAAAAACUAAUAGAUCUCUGUUUUGUUGGGGGUUGAAACCUCUUUCUUUCUUUCUUUCCCUCUUCUGGCCAUCACUAUCAUUGUCCCAUUGUACAGCUUUUUCUACUUGCUUCCAUUUUCUCUCUCUCUUUCUCUCUCUCUCUGUUUCUUCUUGUUGAUCCACUCUCAGUGAAUCUUUCUCUUCUUUUUUCUUUUUUGCCAUCUGGGUUUUGCUAGAAAGGCUCAAUAACACAAGUUUCAAUUUCAAUUUCACGGAAAAAUCUUUACUUUUUGAAAAAGUUUUUAUUUUUAUUUCUUUGAUCUCUGUUCUCUGCGUUCUCUGUUUUAUAUUUUCUUCUGGGCGUUUGGAGUUCUUCGGUUUAUCAUGGUUGUAGAGGAUAAACGGAGCGGUUUAGUUAAUGAAGAUAAAUUUCCAGUGGGUAUGCGUGUUUUAGCAGUUGAUGAUGAUCCAAUUUGCCUUAAAGUUAUAGAGAAUCUGCUUCGAAAAUGCCAGUAUCAGGUUACAACCACCAAUCAAGCAAUCACAGCCCUAAAUAUGCUUAGGGAGAACAGAAAUAAAUAUGACCUGGUUAUCAGUGAUGUUAACAUGCCUGACAUGGAUGGCUUUAAGCUACUUGAGCUUGUGGGGCUUGAAAUGGACCUACCUGUCAUCAUGUUAUCAGCACACAGUGACAGGGAGCUUGUGUAUAAGGGGGUUACACAUGGUGCUGUUGAUUACUUGUUAAAGCCAGUGAGAAUUGAGGAACUCAAAAAUAUAUGGCAACAUGUGAUCAGGAGAAAAAAAUUACAAACCAAGGAUCAAAACAGGUCCCCGAAUCAAGAAAAGCCUUGUGAUGGAGCAGGAGAAGGUGGACAAGGAUUGUCAUCAAGUGGUAGUGCAGAUCAGAAUGGAAAAGCAAAUCGGAAACGGAAGGACCAAGAUGAAGACGAGGAUGAAGAAGGUGAAGAGAAUAUAAAUGAGAAUGAGGAGCCUGGGAGUCAAAAAAAGCCUCGGGUUGUUUGGUCUGUUGAGCUGCAUCGGAAGUUUGUUGCUGCUGUUAAUCAAUUGGGUCUUGAUAAGGCUGUUCCCAAGAAAAUUCUUGACCUGAUGAAUGUUGAAGGGCUUACAAGGGAAAAUGUGGCAAGCCAUCUGCAGAAAUAUAGGCUUUACCUGAAAAGAAUCAGUAAUGCAGCAUCACAGCAAGCUAACAUGGUUGCUGCAUUUGGGGCCAAAGAUCCCUCUUACUUACGCAUGGGUUCGCUGGAUGGAUUUGGAGAUUUUCGAACUUUGACAGGACCAGGGAGGCUUUCCAGCACAUCCAUAUCUUCAUAUCCAUCUGGGGGUAUGCUUGGUAGAUUAAAUUCCCCUGCUGGUUUGACCUUGAGGGGUAUAGCUUCUUCUGGUCUUCUCCAGCCAGGUCAUUCCCCAGCACUCAGUAAUUCUGUUAAUACUCUUGGGAAGCUUCAGCCAGCUCUUCUGCCUUCAAGCCAAGGAGCAAAUUUGUUUCCAGGUGUUCCAUCAUCCUUGGAGCCCAACCAGCUUCAGGGAAAAUCAAAUGCCCACAUUGGAGAUUUUAAUCGGAAUGAUGAUACGUCAGGUUUUACCCUUGCAACUAGCUUCUCAGAUGCCAGAGUUACCCCUGGAAGCUUGGGCAAUACCGUUUCCAGUUCCAUAAGCAACCCUCUAAUGCUACAAGUCAACCCCCAACAAAAUCAGAGUAGGGGAGCAUUUGCAACUCAAUCUACUCUCAGUUUGCCUUCAAUGAAUCAGGAACCUUUUGAUGUUGGUGUCCAAGGUUCUUCUAAUUUCCUGGAUCAUAGUAGAUGUAAUGAAAACUGGCAGGGUGCAGUUCAACUAUCCAAGUUUUCAACAAAUCCUUUGCCUCUGAGUGAACCAUUCAGUCACGAUCCAUUAUCUGCUAGUAACCUUAGAGACAGUAUAUCAUCCACCAGUUCUCAGAUUGGGAAUAGCCCAAAUGUUUUUUCUUCUUCCAGUGCGCUUGCAGCUCCUUUGGAUUCUAGAGUGGAUAUGCAAGGGCAAGCUAGCUUGAUCGGUAAUGUCUUUCAGAAUAUGAAUUAUAAUUCCAGGCAGCGGUGGGAUGAACAUAGCCAGGAUUAUCACUCCAAUCUAAAUAACUCUAUCAGCAACAUAAACCCUCUGGUUUCUGACAAUGGCGUUGUGGGUACAUUGAACCAGAGCAUUGACCAAAGAAAAAAGUUUGAUGCAUCUAUUGUUGGCCAGUUAAACAAUGUCACUCCAUCCACUUUUCAGCAUCCUGAAGUUGAAAAGUCUUCCUUGGACCCAAAAAUGAGGUCAAAUGAGGACUAUCUCUUGGAACAAAUGAAGUCCCAGAAUAGUUUUGCGCAGAAUAACUAUGAGUCCUUGGAUGAUAUAAUGAAUGCGAUGAUCAAACGGCAGGAGCAAAAUGAAACGAUGCUAAUGGAUGGAGAGUUCGGAUUCGAUGCCUACUCCCUAGGAUCAUGUAUUUGAGACUUCUCUACAGCUGAUCAUAGAGAAACAAUGAUGCCUAAGUCCACUUCCCUCUUGGAGGAAUUUGUAUCAUUUUGUAAUCUAUUUUGCAUUUCUUUUCUUUUCUUUUCUUUCUUUGCUCCCUUCUUUCAAAUGUACUUUCUUCUUCUCCUUUCCACAUUAUUCUAUGUUACUGUAGUUCAUUGCUGCUUGAUAUUGAUAGCAGAAUUCCUAGUUUCUUGAUUCUUUCUUGAUGAUCCUCUUUAUCCUUGUUGAUAAAUGGAGUGUCAAAUUCAUAAACUUUCAUUCA